ACUUGAAAACUCCCCACUACAUGAAGCCCUGGAGCCCUGCACCUUUCCGUGAAUCAGCUUGGAAGCCGUUCACGCCGUGCUGCAUCAGAACAAGUAUGAACAUGGAAGUAAAAGCAACAUGAGGGGACGCGUUUUGAAGGGCUGAAAGAAGAAGACAGAUUAACACACAGGAAGUAGGAAGUGUGAUCUGCGUUAUCUCCACUUUGUGUGUGUUUGAGUGUGUGUGUGUAUGUGUGUGUGUAUGUGCUCUGGUGGGGUGCAUGUGUGAAAUGAAACACUGACCUGUGCUAUGAGUUAAGGACGAUGUCUCUGAAACUACCUCGCAACUGGGACUUCAGCACCUUCAAGGCUGAGACAGCUCGGAUAGCUCGAUCCAAGAGUGUGAUACCUGGAGAGGGAGGCCCCGGGACGGGCUCGCCGCGCUCCUCCAGGUCCAUGGAGAGGCCGCUGAAGGCUGGCUGGCUCAAGAAACAGCAGAGGUCUCUAGUCAAGAACUGGCAGCAGCGUUACUUUGUGCUGAGAGGAAGCACUCUCACUUACCACAAAGAUGAUAAGGAGACCACUGUCCAGGGCGUCAUCCAGCUGCGUUUCAGUAAAGUUAAUGAACUCCCUCUGAACUCUGAUGACCCUGGGAAGUACCUCUUCGAGAUCAUACCACGUACCACAGGAGACAGAGAGCGAUGUCCCUAUGUGUUCAUGGCGAACUCCCAGAGCGACAUGGAGGAGUGGGUCCGAACUCUGCGCAGGGUCAUUGGAGUGCCAACAAGCGGAGUGUUUGGAAAGGAUCUCAUGGACACAGUAACGUAUGAGCAACGCUUUGGGCCUCACUUGGUGCCAAUCCUGGUGCAGAAGUGUGUGGAGUUCAUCAAAGAACACGGCCUGAAUGAGGAGGGCAUCUUCCGCCUCCCGGGUCAGGACAAUGCUGUCAAACAGUUCAGAGAUGCCUUUGAUGCAGGAGAGCGGCCCUCCUUCCCCAGUGAUACAGAUGUCCACACGGUGGCGUCGCUGCUCAAGCUGUACCUGCGUGAGCUGCCUGAGCCUGUGGUGCCCUGGACUCAGUACCAGGACUUCCUGGACUGCACCAACCUACUGGACCCGAGCAGCACGGAGGGUUGGGAAAAGCUGGAGAAACAAAUUGCUCUUCUCCCCAGAAUCAACUACAACCUUCUCAGCUACGUCUGCCGGUUUUUGUUUGAGGUGCAGCUGCACUCCAAGGUGAAUAAGAUGAAUGUGGAGAACUUGGCCACAGUGAUGGGGAUCAACCUGCUCAAACCUCAGAUAGAAGACCCCAUCACUGUGAUGAAGGCGACUCCUCAGAUCCAGAAGCUGAUGACAGUGAUGAUCCGACAGCAUGAGACUCUGUUUCCUCUCUCCAAAGACGUGCUUCCCUCCCCUCCCUCCAAAAAGGCUGAAAGCCAGAAGAAUACUCCCCGAAGCUUUGUGGGCUGGGAGUCUGCAGAGAUGGCUGAUGCAUCUCUGUCUGAGUCUCCAGAAGAGGAGGAGGACAAUGACAGUCCAGGUCCAGACAGAGGAAACUGCAGCCCCCAAAACAUGCGUCAGGAGUCCCUCUCACCCUCCGCAGACAGCUGGCAGGAAAGCCCCCGCAAACGCACUCAGACCCUGCCUACCUUCAACUGCCCCCUCACCGGGAUGGCAGCCAAGGCGGACGCCCUGAACCGGUGGAGCUGCAUCCAGGAGAGCGUGGAGGAGAAGAGCGGGACAUUGUCCGAGGACAUUUUUAAGAUCCUGGACCUCCGGAGUUCAGGCUCAUUAUUCAGGGGGUCUCAGAUCAGUAACAAGGAGGGAGAGGAUAGAUUAACGGUCCGGAGAGGAAGCGACAACACAAAUUCUUCUACUGCUGCAUCCCAAACACCUAACAGUGACUCCCGUCCCGUCCCGGUGCUGUCUCAUCAGCGGAGUGCAGGGAGCCUGAUAGUGAGAGGUUCAGCUCAGCAGGUCAACAGCAGGUCUGAGCAGAAGAAAGACAGCCAGCAGCUUGUAGACAGCCUGCAGCAGGAGAACAAGGAGCUGAGGGCCACGGUGGCUGCUCUGGAGAUCUGCCUGAGAAACGCUGAGCGCAGCCGGGACGAGGCCCAGAGACGCAACAUGGAGCUGCAAAAAGACAUUCAGCAGUUCCUCACCACACAGCCACAAUCCCCCACCUAACAGUCAUUUCAGACUCACUAGUAUAUGGAUAUAUGACUUUGUUAGCCUCAACAGAGAUAAUUUCACAUGAACCGGCUAUGGUAAAUGCUGUCGUCCUGUAGUGGAACACUGGAUUGUUUCCAUUUGAGCCCGGUUUGGUCCUCAACAUAAAUUAUUGGCUCAUUUGUGCCUGUGAGGAAGGUCUGUUAAGAAGAGAUCUAAAUGGGCUUUAAUUUCACUAUUCACAUUAAAGACUUUAAGCACAACAGAAGUUUGUUUCUCCCAGCAGCAGGAGUCAUGUCACUGUAUGUGAACUUCCUUGAUCUGUUGAGCUGUUGUACUGGAUGUGCAGGAAAAAGACCCUUUAAUCAGAGGUCAACUGGACUGAAUAUUGUUGACGGUGGCCAGUAUGAAAUGUGUCAUCUAUGGAGUAAAUAGUUUCAUUUCAGUAGUAAAUUAAUAAAGCAGGAAAAAAGUUUUUUUGUUGAUACAUGAAAUAAUCUUACACCACAUGCUGUAUUUAUCGUACCAACACAUAUAUAAAUACCUUUAGUAUUUAUACAUCAUUGCUGUAAAGCAGCGCUGACUGUCUUUCAGGUACAAAUGAAGUGAUUUUUCCCGAGGAAAAAGUAUCAUGAGGCAUUAU